AUGAGCUUCUCGACAAUGCUCAACCGCCUUCACGGGCAACCCGAGAGCUAUGACAAAAAAUCUAAGUACCGGUUUGGGCGCACCCUCGGUGCUGGCACAUACGGUAUCGUUCGAGAGGCCGAAGGCCCCAAUGGCCGCGUCGCAAUCAAGAUCAUCCUGAAGAAGGUUGUCCGCGGCAAUGAGCGUAUGGUGCUCGACGAGCUGGACAUGCUCCAGCGACUCAAGCACCCGCACAUUGUGAAGUUUGUGGAUUGGUUCGAGUCAAGAGAUAAAUACUAUAUCGUCACCGAACUCGCAGUCGGUGGGGAACUGUUUGACCGAAUUUGCCAGCAAGGAAAAUUCACAGAGAAGGACGCAUCUCAGACCAUCGGGCAGGUUCUCGGCGCCGUCGACUACCUCCACCGGAACAACGUCGUCCAUCGUGAUCUCAAGCCCGAAAACCUCCUUUACCUCUCCAAGGACUCGAACUCAGAUUUGGUCCUAGCUGACUUUGGUAUCGCGAAGACGCUUGGCACCAAGGACGAGGUGUUAACGACCAUGGCCGGUUCGUUUGGCUACGCCGCCCCGGAGGUCAUGCUUAAAAAGGGCCACGGCAAGCCCGUCGACUUGUGGUCCCUCGGUAUCAUCACCUACACCCUUCUUUGCGGUUACCCGCCUUUCCGCUCUGAGAGUCUCCAGGACCUCAUCGACGAAUGCAGCGCCUGCCGAGUGGUGUUCCACGAACGGUACUGGAAGGAUGUGAGCCAGGACGCCAAGGAAUUCAUCCUCGGCCUGCUGCGAGCAAAGCCGGAAGAGCGUUGGACGAGCGAGCAAGCACUCGCCCACCCAUGGCUGAGCGGCCAGAACGCCAGCGAUCAUAACUUGCUGCCUGAGAUCCGCGCCUACCUCACGCGCGCGCGCCUCCGUCGCGGUAUCGAGAUGGUCAAGCUCGCCAAUCGCAUCGAAGCGCUCAAGGUGCAAGAGGAGGACCCCGAGAACUCCGAUAUGCCAAAAGACGCCACUGAUUCCGGCGCCGUUUCGGCGGAACAAGCUUCCACAGCUGGGGCCGAGGGCGCCAGUGCUAGUGGUGGUGAAGGCGGCAAGCGCUCGCUGUCCAAGACAAUCAAGGGUGCCAUCUUCCGCGAGGUGGUACUCGCCAAGGUGCGCGAGAUGAAGGAGCAAGAGGAGACCUUGAAGGUCACGGAGGAGGCUUCCAAGGCUACUUAA